AUGGGCUGGCACGAUUCUGUAUCACUACAACUUGUAAAAGAGGAUUGCGAUAAAGUGUUUGCAGAAUAUUUUAACGAUGCAGAACAGUUCAUAGUGUAUAGUCGGCAGCAGGAUUUUGAUCUCGAUACAUGUAUGGAACUAUGUGAUACAAUAGAGACGUUGAACGGUUCAACAUUGGAAACCAGGAACGAUAUGCUUAGUGCACAAUUCGAUUUUAGAACGAAAUUGGAGAAUUAUGAAGCACUCCCGUCCUUCGAAACUGUUGAAAAGAUAAUACACCAUAGCUAUAGCGGCAACAGUUGUAGCGAAGCUAAAAACUCAAAGAAAUCUUCAAAGAUUAAUGACGUUUAA